GUUCGACUCGCGGCAACGCAGUGUGUAUCGAAAUUUCGUUUUCCUCCAGUCGUCGUCCGACGUGACCGAUUCGUCUCGCUAUAAGCAUUGUACGAAUGUAAAAUUUAUUCCGCACAUCUCGCGUGAUCGCUGGCCGGGCAGCGAAACGUGAUCGCGUGCGAAACCGACGGGCCGCGCGCGAAAAACAACGUCCCGCCCGUUCGUAAAAGUGUAUUCGAAUCACGCUCGUGUGCCAAGUGUUAAACGAAAGUGAAACGGACGCUCGAUUCUUUGUUCGAUACCUUCUGCGUCUUUGAAUACAUCUGCUUCAGACGGAAUGAAAUUUUUUUAGAUAUUUCGACGAUAGUUCAUGAAACCUAGUUUUUAAAUACCUUUCGGCACGCACUAUAGACGAACAGCGUAGCCGACGAGAUAAGAACAGUAACGUAACGUUACGUAAUGUAAUACCGAUUUUCUUAUGACAAACGUUUUGCAAAUAAAAUCGACUUUCACUCGGUAAUACGUUUCCACGCACAGACAUCAAAUAUUGUCAGAAUGCACAACGGAAAAGGGAUGGAUACGAUUCUCUCGCGUAAUUGUAAAUGACCGGCAUAAAUAACGCGGUGUUCGACCCGUGCGCGGAGCGUUCUAUCAGUAUCAAAUCCGCGGCGUUCCUCGGGUAUGAAGAUUAAUGGAGAACAUUAGAAGAAGUACAUGCGUGGGUGUCCGUCAAACGAACGGUUCCUGCAACGUGGAAGCCGAUUCCCUCUUCGUAUACGUUAUACACCGAGGAGCAAGUGUUCGUCCAUUGGCGUAGGUCCCUCGUUUCACGCGUGACGAGCAUCAAACCUGCAGAACGCGGCGCAGAUUUCACCGGCGAUUAAAAGCUUAUGCAAAUCGCGGUCAAUUAUGUUCGUAACAAUAAUCACCUUUUACGCGAAUCCGCCUGAAAGAGUUUUCAAUAGCUGUUUGUUCGAAGUUAAUAGUCCGUUAAUAAAAUCACUCGCGAGAUAACAAAGAGCGCACGCGUUUGUAAAGACAUGAGAAUAAAUUAAGAUUCACUUCUGCUCUCUGCUGUUCUGUGUCUGCAAUUUUUACAUCCACCGAUUUCAGGCAUUUCCUAAUUUCGCGUGACCGAGUCUACGCCACGGGUGAAACUCGCGAGGCAAUGAUUACGUUUGGUUCCUUCCGCGUCGAGCAGACAGCAAUAUUAGAUAGAUAGCGGCGUGACUCGGUUCGAGACCACCAAUAAGACAACGAGAGCGAACCCGCGCGUGGGUAUCGUCGCCUCUCCGCGGUGGACCCCAUAGAAUUACACGGUAAUCUCGAUUCGAGGCAAUGAUCUUAUCGAGGCGUGGAAAAACGGGCGUGUACGUAUGCAGAUCGCGCAAGGUGUAGCGUACUCGACUCCGCGCGUGACGUUUCCGGAAAUGCACACGCUCCUCGGGUUGUCCCGAAGGCUUACGCUCCCCGUGCACGCGAAUCGCGAAACUCUACGGAUGAUCGAUUUCUGUAAAGACCAAACCAGCAACACUCGUAUAAGAAAAUCACAGCGUUCGACGCUAAAAUCGUCGAACCGUAGACCUUUGAAUACGGCGCAGCCCAGCUUUUUCCUCGCCUUCUUCCGCACACGUUUUGUUCCCGAUAUCGCGAUGCGACGCGGCAUCGCAUUGUCCAGUUUAUUCUGAAAUUACAAUAUCGUAACCGUAUCGCUGAACGUGUGCUAUUUCAAGAUUCGCGGUAAGAACCGUGCGAUAAACAUGCAAAAGCGAAACCAUAAACCUGUUCUAUCAGAGCGUCCGCUGUUCGCGAUUCCUCAGAAAUCCGGGGCUAUAUUUAAUUCAUAACGAUUUAACGAUCUUUAUACCGUGCGUUGGCAAGGAGUCAAGGCCGCGGUUAAGAUAAUGCACAUGACCGAAAGGAAAAAGUGGAAAAUUGUUGGCAUUGAAUAAAACGCAGCAUUCCGCGGCGUCGAUGAUGGAACCUUUUAAUCCGUUGAAAGUGCUGCUGCUGGUGUUACUCGUGCGGCAAGAAAUCGACGACGUAACCGCCGUUUCAAUGGUGAAUGACCACCAGGAUCGAGCGAGGAAUGUAUCCGAGAGGUUCACGUCUACUACAACCUUGACUGUAAAUAUUAGAGACGACGAUGAUCAAGAUCCUUCUUUCAUCUAUCAAGGAUGUAUGCUUCUGGAUGGGACUUGCAUCAAUCCAGAGUAUUCAGCGUCCGUAUCGAGCGGAGUGUUAUCCGGGAUACUCAAUAUAUCGCCGGAGAAAAUACAAGCCGUCGAUAUGGACAGCAUAAACGCGCCCAUUCACUACUCGUUCCUCAGCGGCAAUCCAUCGAAUUAUCGCGAGUUCUUCGAAAUAAACCCGAACACCGGCGCCGUUAAGCAAAUCAAGGCGGUCGACACUACUGUUACGAAGAAGUUCGAUAUUAUCAUUAAGGCUGUCGAGGUGUCGGAGGCGAAGCGAUCAGCUACGGCUAAAUUGACCAUUACUGUGAAGCCAGUCGACAGUAAUCCUCCAAUUAUAACGGCUUCGAACGUGGAGGGCUACGUUGAUGAGAACGCACCAAUCGGGACAAAGGUUAUCGAUAAAAAUGGUGAUCCCAUAGUGCUCACCGUUUCGGACGCCGAUUUGAGUCCUGAAGAUCCGAAACCCGCGUACACUUUCGAACUGACUACGAAUUUCUUUGCGAUCGACGCUUCCGGGACGUUGGUCGUGAAUGAAGAGAAUUUAGACCGUGAUCCUCCGAGUCCCGGUCGUUUCCGGUUUCAAGUGGUCGCCAGGGAAAAAACCGGCGUCGCAGCAUCCGCACCAUUAUCCUUCGUGGUGACACUGAACGACGUUAAUGACAAUGCUCCCAUACUUCCGAUGAUAGCUCCUAUCACCGUUCAAGCCGGGGAGACAAAGAGAGUGGUGACAAAGGUCGAGGCGACGGACAACGACGACGGGGAGAACGCUGAAAUAACGUACAGCAUUUACCACGUGUCAAAUAACGGACUGCAUAAAUUUAAAAUCGAUCCGAAGACCGGCGUGAUCGAGACCGUGAGGAAACUGAACGCCGGCGAGCAAUUCAGCAUCACGGUCCAAGCGAUGGACAAGGGCGGAAAGUAUUCGCAAACGAUCGUCGAGGUGAAUGUGAUUCCCGGACCCAAUACCAGAAGCCCAGUUUUCCAGCAACCGGUGUACGAAGUCCAGGUCAGCGAGGGUGCAUCGAUUAAUUCCACGGUAGCGACAAUUACGGCUGUUGAUCCAGAAAACGAUCCUGUAUCGUACUCGAUCGUUUCUGGCAACGACCUGCGUCAGUUCGCCAUUGGUCACAAAUCGGGCUUAAUCACCGUUAUAAGGAAGUUGGACAGGGAGGACUUGACUCGUUAUCAGCUGCUGAUAAAGGCCGAGGACUCCGGCGGGUUGUUCAGCACGGCGACGGUGAACAUCAAGGUGACUGACAUCAAUGACAAAAAUCCAGAAUUCGUGGAUUUGCCGUACGAGUUCUCCGUGAAGGAAGGAGAAGCGCGGAAAUUGAUCGGUCGCGUUCACGCCGAGGAUGCCGACGAAGGCAUUAACGCUGAAAUUACGUAUUUCGCGCCCGACGAUAUACCGUUCACGGUCGAUCCUGAAACCGGGGACGUGUUAACCAAGAUAGUCUUAGAUUACGAGCAGAACGAUGAAUACAAAUUCGUCGUGACUGCUAGAGACGGCGCUCCCGAUUAUCGUUUAGCCACAGCCACCGUCACGGUGAAAGUUAUAGACGUCGAGGACGAGGUUCCUAUUUUUCGUCAAAGCAGUUACGAAGCUCGAGUCAAGGAGAAUAUGCCGGAUUACGCGGUGAUUCAAGUGACGGCCGAUGAUCCGGACACAAAGAAGCAAAUCACAUACAUGAUCAAACAAGGGGAUACCGAACUCUUCGUCAUAGACCCGAAGACGGGACUGAUAAAAACUACGCGUGGUUUAGACUACGAGAGAGAGGUCCAACACAUCCUCAUAAUUGGCACCGUCGAAAAUACGAACGACCUGCUUGGUUCCACUACGAGAGUCGUGGUCAACGUCCAGGACGUAAAUGAUAUUCCGCCAGUGUUCACCUCCGUUCCACGUCCGAUUACGUUAGACGACGAUGUCGCCAUCGGAACAACAGUCAUUAAUCUUAUAGCGACAGACUCCGAUGGAACUCCACCGGGGAACCAAGUGAGGUACGAAAUCAUUGGCCGUGGCUUGGCGAACAAAUAUUUUGUGAUCGAUCCGGACAGCGGGGUGCUUAGAAUACGAGACGAUUUGCGCAAAGAGACAGACACUGAGUAUCAGGUUGACGUGCGCGCGUAUGACAUGGGAGAGCCGCAACUGUCGUCGGUGACUACUGUACCGGUGUUCGUCCGUCACGUGGCAACGGUACCGCCGGAAAUCGGUUUGGGCUUCGCGGAGAAUUCGUACAACGUCGAAGUGCCGGAAGACGCGGGCGACAAUACGUUGAUCAAGAUACUCACGGUCAUCAAUAGUCACGCGCACGACGCCACGCCGCUGAGGUGCGAAAUUUACAGUGGGAACGAGAACGAUCUAUUCGAGGCGAACGUUACCGAGGAGCGAAAUUGCGCGCUCAGGCUGAAGAAGGGAGCUUUGGAUUACGAGACGACGGAAUCGUAUCAAGUGAAAAUCAGGCUCGAGUCUCUGUCGGGACUUCUGAAUUCUGGGAGGAAUACUACAAUGGUGAAAAUUCAAGUACUCGACGUGAACGACAAUAAGCCUGAGUAUAUUUUCCCGGAGAACAGUCAAAAGUUAAUAAGGGGUCGUUACUUCGCUGCAGUUCCCCGGGGGGCACAAUUCGCUUCCACAGUGAUACAAGUGAAGGCACACGAUAAAGAUAACGGGAAAUACGGGAAGCUGGAGUAUAAAAUAUUGGGAGGUAGAGGCUCGAACUAUUUCGCCAUGGAUAGCUCGACCGGAAUAAUUAGAACCACUGCAACAUUUGAUAACGUGGACCCAUCGGAGCUCCCAUUUAAAUUCGACGUUCGCGUUAGGGACAAUCCUAACUCGACUGACAACUAUAACUCGAUCGUCGCACCAGUUAUAGUAAAUUUGAUUGGCGAGGAGAAUCUGAUGAUUCUAGUCGUUCAGGACGCAGCGCCGGACGCGUUGCAGAAGGACGCGUCGAAGAUAGCUGGUAUCAUCGAGGAGAAGAGCGGACUUCUGAUCGGUGUCGACAGGAUCGGCGUGAGAAAAAAUCUGACAAAAAAUGGGACCAUCGAGAUGUACCCCCAGGACUCCGACGUGUGGUUCUACGCAGUUGAUCCGGACACGGAAAUUAUUUUAGACAGGAACAGUUCGCGGAUACAAAGAUCGAUCAUCGAGAAGCCGGCUAUGUCAAACAUCACUUUUGAUGUGUCCACGUUGAUUCGAGUCACCGCGAUAGACAUUCACGCACCGAUGAUGCCGCCGGAACCAGUGCGUACUCAAACCGCGAUCGCAUUCAGUGGCGAAGUGUUCCCAUACGCGUUGAUCAUAAUCGCGUGCGUCAUAUUAAUCCUAGGGAUAGCUGGGAUUAUCUACAUCUGCGUUUCCUGGUCCAGAUACAAAGCGUACAAAGAACGAAUGCAACGAAUGUACGUCGUGCCUCGUUACGAUCCUGUGUACGUGGAGCCGAAUUUGAAAGAGUACGAGACCCAGGUGCUACAAAUGAGCGUGCCAGUGGACGAUAACGAUAGCUAUAACGAUCUCCAGCUUGAUUUCAGCAAUAAGAAUCACGCGUUCAGCUUGGACAAUGUUAGUUACAUUACUAAAGACCACGGAGAGAGUACAGGUCAACACAGUCCUGUGAGUUCUGAAGCGGCUACCACCGCGCGAGCUUCGAGCAUAGCCGGGACCCACGGAGAUGGAAAUAUCCACUCGCUACGUCGAUCCACCCUCGGCAGAAAGAACCAUAACAAUAGUGGCUCGAACACGGUUAACAACCACGACGCGACGCCGGUGUUGAACCCGCUCUACAGCCACGGUAACGACCUGCUCAACGCUAGUCCGUCGAACGACAACGUGACGUUCAGGGAGAGGAAGGAUUACUCUCAUCUCGGAUUCACGUACUUGGGCGAGCAGAGCCCGGUGGAAACGACCACCGAAUUGUAAGCACAAUUGGAGGAUCGUGAUCGAACAUGCUCAAACCGAAAGACUCUUCACGGAGCCGACGCUCCCGGUGUUUGCAUUGUGCCACUGUGACAGCGAGGAGUCCUCCUUGUGCGACGUAAGUUUUGUCAAUAAGGUGCAUCGAUUUCUCGAUAAACGAUAUUCGUGAAACUAGGACGAGAAGCAUGGCACCUAUUAUUUACGACAGGCAUGUCUACGGGAGCUCUCCGAGAAGCACCCAAGAGGGAAUAGUUUGCUCGUGACAAUCGCGAUUCUAGGCCUGCACACACAGUGUCAAAGUUCUCGCUCAUUAUCAGCUACUCCAAUGUUAUUUCUCUACUACUUUACGGCUCAUCACGUACUCGGAGAACGCUCCCGUCCUCUAAACAAUGAUUUGGACAUGCCUGAUUUACGAUGCGCCGUCGUACCACGAUGCGUUUCUACAAACGGCCGCUGUACCUACUUCUGAGAUUAAUUUCACGUCGGGAACCGCGACUCCCGUGAGGAUUAAAAGAUCCGCGCGUUGUAGCGGCACCGACGCGAUGCCUGAACUGAAAGCGGAUUGCAAUGCAUUUCUAAGUAUGUACAAGAUUCGCUCCGCGCGACUGACUCUCAAUUGAAUCGUCUCGAUGAAUAGCGCGGCCGCGUAUCCCACCUCCGAAACAGGUCGCGAGUGCAUUACGUUGCUGCAAAUGAAACGUCAUUAUCUUUGAACUUUUGCAAAAAUUGACAAAAUUACUUAUCAACCGUAAACGUCAUUAAAGACUGACGACUACUUUUAUUAUUGUCUGGAGUGUAUAAAAUGGCAGAAUUAGUUUGUAAUUAAAUAUGUUACGUUUCAUACGCAACAAUUUCAUAUGACGAACGUACAAAAUGCGACGAGCUUCUUUCUACAAACUCGUAGGGAAAGCGUUCCCAAGAUUUUCUAUGACCACAGAAUACUGCUCAUCGACGCAACUAUUUUUUACACAUCGAAUAUUUGUUGUGCAAUAGCCGAUUGCAAUAAAGCGUACUCGCGCAAUGCUUGUUAUGAAAUCUCGAGCGCGCGUUGAAGUGAUAGACAAGCGAAUGUUUUAUUCGCGAGAAGGCAUAGAAGUUAUUACGAGUCAACGUACCGUCCAACCUAGUGGUAAGAAUUGAUGAAACGAAUUAUAAAUGACGUGUCCGAAGAUAAGAGUGAAUGAUUCGAACGAAUGCGUUUCGCGUGAAUGACUUAAAUCUGGUGUACACCUGCACGGUGUGUACGAGGGAUACGCAUGUAAAAUGCAUUGUAAAAUAAGAUCUUUCUAUUUAUAAUCGCGCGUUUGCUCAUAUUAUUUUAUUAUUUUUUAACGAUAUUCAACCAAUGUCAUGUAGUCGUUUACCGUUACGAUUGUGGGUGUCGAGGCACACGCAUUAUUUCAUAUUUAUUCCGUUUACCUGCAAAAUCGAUAAUAGCCAUCAGCUGUUCGCUAUACCAGAAAUAAAAUGUGAUUCAAGAUUCUACUUUUUAUACUUAUGUAUGUAUUUUUACUAAAGUAAACGUUGACAUAAACGCUCUUCUUAAAUUUGUAACGUCUUUCGGAUGUUAAAUAGAUAAGAAUGUUCGCGUGAAAUAUGUACUUGUAAGCAUGGUCGUACCGACAAUAAUCAAUUAAAAAUACUGUACUUAACGCGAUGAUUGAAUUAACUAAACUUAGGUACUUGAAUCGUCUUUUCGUUUUCGCGUGCGACGUACUGCGCGAGGAACGAGCAGGACAUGUAGAAUUAAAUUGCGAGACUUAAUCGAUUAAAUCUCUAGUCGUGUGGCGAGCAUCCCGAAUGUUAUAUCAAGAUGAAACUGUUUUUUAACACAUUGUACUUUGUUUAGGAAUCGAGAAAAAUUCUAUCGCCAAUUCGUUGACUAGAGUGUUAACAUCCUUUAAUUGUAGUCGCGUGUUGUUUACAACAGAGGGAACAUAAAUAUUGUAAAAAUUGUUAAUACCUAAUAAAUCUAUUAUAUAAUAUUUACAUAAA